AUGAUAAGAAUGAAAUGCCUUCUAGUUUUUCUGGUGUCUAUUGCUGUAACUGUCACUGCUGAGAAAGAUGCUGUCAAACAAAAGAGACAAAGCAUUCCAGGUAUUCCUGGAAUGCCGGAAAUCCCAGGAAUGCCUGAACUUCCAGGAAUGCCAGAAAUUCCGGGAAUGCCACAAGUACCAGGAAUGCCAGAAAUCCCAGGAAUGCCACAAGUACCAGGAAUGCCAGAAAUCCCAGGAAUGCCUCAAGUACCAGGAAUGCCUCAAAUCCCUGGAUUUCCAGGAUCACCAUUCAAGUUUCAUUCAAAAUCUCAGAAAAAUAAAAGGCAAUCAAUUCCUGGAAUCCCAGGAAUGCCAGAAAUUCCUGGAAUGCCAGAACUCCCAGGAAUGCCCCAAAUCCCAGGAAUGCCAGAAAUUCCAGGAAUGCCACAGGUACCAGGAAUGCCAGAAAUUCCAGGAAUGCCACAGGUCCCGGGAAUGCCUGAAAUCCCAGGAAUGCCACAGGUCCCAGGAAUGCCCCAAAUACCCGGAUUCCCUGGUUCACCUUUCAAGUUUCACAAGAGGUCCGACAAGAGCUUGAAAGACAAAAGGCAGUCGAUCCCUGGAAUUCCAGGAAUGCCAGAAAUUCCAGGAAUGCCACAAGUACCAGGAAUGCCAGAAAUUCCAGGAAUGCCUCAAGUACCAGGAAUGCCACAGAUUCCAGGUUUUCCAGGAUCACCUUUCAAGUUUCAUUCAAAAUCUCAGAAAAAUAAAAGGCAAUCAAUUCCUGGAAUCCCAGGAAUGCCAGAAAUUCCUGGAAUGCCAGAACUCCCAGGAAUGCCAGAAAUUCCAGGAAUGCCACAAGUACCAGGAAUGCCAGAAAUCCCAGGAAUGCCUCAAGUACCAGGAAUGCCAGAAAUCCCAGGAAUGCCUCAAGUACCAGGAAUGCCACAGAUUCCAGGUUUUCCAGGAUCACCUUUCAAGUUUCAUUCAAAAUCUCAGAAAAAUAAAAGGCAAUCAAUUCCUGGAAUCCCAGGAAUGCCAGAAAUUCCUGGAAUGCCAGAACUCCCAGGAAUGCCAGAAAUUCCAGGAAUGCCACAAGUACCAGGAAUGCCAGAAAUCCCAGGAAUGCCACAAGUACCAGGAAUGCCAGAAAUCCCAGGAAUGCCUCAAGUACCAGGAAUGCCACAGAUUCCAGGUUUUCCAGGAUCACCUUUCAAGUUUCAUUCAAAAUCUCAGAAAAAUAAAAGGCAAUCAAUUCCUGGAAUCCCAGGAAUGCCAGAAAUUCCUGGAAUGCCAGAACUCCCAGGAAUGCCAGAAAUUCCAGGAAUGCCACAAGUACCAGGAAUGCCAGAAAUCCCAGGAAUGCCUCAAGUACCAGGAAUGCCAGAAAUUCCAGGUAUGCCUCAAGUACCAGGAAUGCCUCAAAUCCCUGGAUUUCCAGGAUCACCAUUCAAGUUUCAUUCAAAAUCUCAGAAAAAUAAAAGGCAAUCAAUUCCUGGAAUCCCAGGAAUGCCAGAAAUUCCUGGAAUGCCAGAACUCCCAGGAAUGCCAGAAAUUCCAGGAAUGCCACAAGUACCAGGAAUGCCAGAAAUCCCAGGAAUGCCUCAAGUACCAGGAAUGCCAGAAAUUCCAGGUAUGCCUCAAGUACCAGGAAUGCCUCAAAUCCCUGGAUUUCCCGGAGCACCAAGAAAAUCAGCAAAAACAUUUGCCAAGCAAAAUAGCAUAUGA